CGCGAUUCGUAAAAUAACAUUCCUCGUAAAGUUGCGACGACGUAUUUUUGCAAUUCUUCCUAGUGUUGUCAGCGUCAAGAAACAGAGUGAAGGAAACCAUGCCGGAAUAUAUGAUCAACGGCGUUCCGGUGAACUUUCCGUUCGAACCGUACGAACUGCAGAAAAAUUACAUGGCCAAAGUGAUUGAAUGCCUGCAGAAUAAAACGAAUGGCAUCUUGGAGUCCCCCACGGGGACUGGUAAAACGCUAAGCCUACUAUGCUCUUCUCUGGCAUGGUUGGUGUCGGUGAAGUCUAAGCUAUCACAGGCCCGUUCGGAAACACUCGAUACACUCUAUCUGCCAGAGCUAAGCAAUAUGAAAAACAACAAUCUUACCCCGGAACAGGCACAUGCAUUGCAGGAACAGAACAAGGAUGCGAAGGUGAAAAUAAUCUACGCCUCCCGCACCCACUCUCAGCUGUCCCAGGCAAUGCAGGAGCUGAAAAACACUAGCUACCUUAUGGUACGUGCUGUGAUACUCGGUUCCCGUGAUCAGCUGUGCAUACACGGUGAAAUUUCAAAGCAGGAAAACAAUGCCAUCAAAACAACAAUGUGCCGUGAGGAGGUGAAAACGCGUAAAUGCGUUUACUACAACCGCGUAGAGUAUGCGAAGGAUCGGUCAGACGUUACCUCCGUUCCGGUGCUGGACAUUGAAGAUCUCGUCACGGUCGGCCGGAAGAUGAAAGCAUGCCCGUAUUAUCUAUCGAAAGAGUUGGUAGAACAGGCGGACGUCAUUUUCAUGCCGUACAACUAUUUGCUAGAUCCUAAAGCACGCAAAUCGAACGGACUAACUCUUCAGAACAGUGUCAUUAUACUGGAUGAGGCACACAAUGUGGAGAAAAUGUGUGAAGAAAACGGUUCGGCACAGAUACGGUCGUCGGAUCUUGCGGUAGCGAUCGAGGACACGUCCACUGUCAUUAAGGUGUUUAUGGAUUCCGGUGGAGCUGCCAGCACAAUGGAUGCGGAAAAGCAGCUCGACUUUACGCUGGAAGAUCUGGUGCUGCUGAAGGAGAUUUUGCUUAACUUGGAGAAGGCAGUGGAUGACAUUUCGGUUAUGUUCUCCCAAGGUGGAACCACACAUCCAGGCACUUACAUAUUCGAUUUGCUGGAGAAGGCAAACAUAAAGUUCGGCAACGUUAAUGUGAUUUUAAAAGUAGUUAACUCAGUCAUCACUCACCUCACUACCACCAUGUCAAACAACUUUGUGCGUCGUGGUGCCGGUCUCCAAUCGCUGACAGAUUUCCUCGAGGUGGUUUACUGUGGUAAUGGUCCGGAAUACCGGCAGUCUGUCGAAAAAUGCUUCCGUGUGCACAUAGAGCACGAGGAAUCGAAACAAUCAACCAAGGGCAACGUCAAACGAGCGGACGGUUGGACUGCAACGAAGCAAAACAUCAAAGCACCGGCAAAAUCCAACUCCAAAGUGAUCAACUUUUGGUGCUUCAAUCCCGGGUUCGGCAUGAGACAGCUGUUGGAUAGCGGUGCACGAAGCAUUAUACUCACCAGCGGUACGCUAGCACCACUAAAACCACUAAUCAGCGAGCUAAACAUGCCGGUUACGGUCACUUUGGAGAAUCCGCACAUUAUCGACCGGAGCCAGGUGUAUGUGAAGGUAAUAUCGCAUGGCCCGGAUCGGAUGGAGUUAAACUCGAGCUUCAAGAAUCGCUCCAAUCCGGAGUACAUCGCUUCACUGGGCCGGACGAUACUGUCCCUGUGUCCGAUCAUACCGGGCGGUUUGCUUAUCUUCUUCCCAUCUUACCCAUUGCUGAACAAAUGCUCAGAGGACUGGCAAGCGAGCGGAAUCUGGGCGCAAAUUAAUCGCAUCAAACCAAUUUACACCGAACCGCGCGGCAAAGAUUCGUUCCUGACGACGAUGUCGGAGUAUUAUGCGAAGGUGCGUGACCCGGCAGCCCGGGGUUCCAUUUUUAUGGCCGUAUGCCGAGGGAAAGUUUCGGAAGGGUUAGAUUUUGCCGACGCAAACGGGCGUGCGGUUAUGAUCACCGGAUUACCUUUUCCACCGAUGAUGGAUGCGCGUGUGAUACUUAAGAAGCAAUAUCUCGAUACGAACCGAACGCGCGAAAAUGAGCUCAUAUCCGGAAACGAUUGGUACGCACUAGAAGCGUCCCGUGCCGUAAACCAGGCAAUCGGGCGCGUUAUACGCCACAAACAUGAUUUCGGUGCGAUAUUGCUGUGUGAUUCACGCUUUCAAAAUCCACGCCAAGAGUCGCAGCUAUCCGCGUGGAUACAUGCUCACCUGCGAGAGGGGCGCGGUGCCCCCAACUUCGGCACAGUAGUCGGUGAAAUGGCGAGGUUCUUUCGCAACAUGGCAAAGUUAGACGUACCUGCACGUGUACGGGAAGUUAGUACGAUUAAGGUGGAAGAUGAUGAAACGGAGAAGCAUCAUGCUGGGCGCGCGAUCGCCCAAAGACCGUGGGAGAAUACAGUGCACGAAGAGAAGUUUCGAAUAGGUGAUUAUUUACACGAUCCGAAGAAUAAGGACCCCUUGACGGCCAAUACCGCACAAACACGGUACGACCAGGGAGCUAGCAGCAGCGGACUGGUUACGGUAUACAAACGCGAACGGAAAGAUGACGGUGAGGUGCUAGCGUCAACCGACGCAUUCUCCGAAAUGGAUCUAGUGAUGCGAAAGAAGCGAAAAAUAGUGCUUGUACCGCAGAAGUUCUUUAAAAGCGAACCAAACGGAACGGAAAAUUUGCCGAUCCCAGUGGACGCAGUGGUAAAAGUUGAGGAAGACCAGUCCGAACGACAGGAACCACGAGUAGCACCGGAAAAUAGAGUGGAUUUCCUGCGCGAGGUGAAAUUUUCACUCGACGCAGCGGAAUAUAAGCUGUUCCUGCAGGCGCUGGUCGUAUACAACCGGGACAGUAAUUUUUCGGACUUUAUUGAGCGCAUGGUUUCAUGUUUUAAAAAUCCAUCGUUAUUCUAUCUGUUAAAGGCGAUGCGAAGAUUUGUUAAACCAGAACACAAACAACAGUUCGAUGCACGGAUAGAACAAAUAACGCUUCAACCUGGGUUGAAGGCUUUGUUGUGAGUAAUAAAUUUAUAUCAUCAUCAGGGAUGUGUUCCUUACUAUUAGCUCAGAUAAUUUCGCAACUUGUUUUGUUUCUUUUGCUGAGAAAACUGGUACAAGAAUGCAUAGUGUUUCUAGUAUUAACAGGUUAACAAUUAAGUUCGGUAAUAUUUUCAUUCUUUCUUGGGAUGAUAAAAAAUGUUGAUAAAAAAGGACUUUUACGAUUUAAAUGCCUUAAAAUUAAUGAAGAAUUACUGUUAUGCCAAUAAGAUAGCUGUUGGAUCUCGUGAGAUUAUAAAAACUUGAGCGGCACUCACUGCUUCGGGUCCAGAAGCAGGCACCCUCGAUUGUCGUACACAACAAUAGUGAUUCCA